UGUCUUCCCCUGUUGUUGGCACUCGCAGUCUCUUUUGAAGAAGGACGGUGUAGAAUUACCGGUGACCCGCAAUUCAGUUACCGUAUAAUCUUUUUGGAUACAUGUCUCGUUUCAGAAAAAAGUGCGUCACCUGUUAUGUUGUAUACGACUGCGCACUGCACAGUACUCACCUUGUUUUAACUCCAAAGAAGAGUAACCGUAAAAUCUACCAAUUUCUUGACGAUUACAUAUAUUAACGACGUGUUCAAGCCGGGUGAUUGAUUUCUUGCGCAACGGUACAGGUAGUGUAAAGGUACAGGUACAGGUAGUACAGGUAGUCGCUUUUGGCGCUUGCAAAGCAGCAACUAUGCCAAAUGCACGUAACGCGUAAAGAGUGGGGCGUAGCGGGUCGUGGUAUGGAGUUUCGCGUAACCCAUUAAUCUGUACAAUACAUAUACUACACGUACAGUACAUACAUGCACAGUGCACUGUGCAAACUGCUUUGAGAAAUUGUGAGCACGCGGUUGCGCGCGAUCUGUUUGGCAAAUUAAGGCCCAAACAGGCAGCAACAGGAUGGUCGAUGGGAUGAUCCGGAUGGGAGCAAGUACAUCGAUCGGCAUGCGUCUUACCUGGUGUGUAUACAAAUACGUCCCCACCGCGUACCUAGUACAAAUCCCUGCUUACAACUGCCUCAAACGAAGCUAUAGUCCUGUUAUAUAAAGCGCGGCACCUGCAGCAUAAACACUCGUCUUCUAUCAUCCCGGUUACCUGGUCGUCCAGCCAGUAUAAACACCCAUUAACCCGUGCGCGUCGUUCGGUAAAGAGCUGCUGAUGGUAUUGAUUGUCUGCGCGACAGGAUCGCUGUUGUGUCGCUCGUUAUUCCUCCUAAUCACCGCCAUCACGCACAGGCACCUGUUAAUAACUGUACUGCGCAUUCAACGCGACACGUUACAAUAUAAUUAUCUCUCACUCUACCGUACAUCCUUAGUGUUGUAUUUUCUUCAUCGUCAUCCUAAAUAAUUCUGUCUCGAACCUAACAACGGCUGAAAUUCGCUUCAAACCGUUUCACUGCCGAUCAAUUCCAGUUCUUCACGUCCAGUAUUCGUUGUACAUCGUUAGUGUUUUAUUCCCCUCGUUGUCAUCCUAAAUUAAUUCUGUCCCGGACGCUUAUACAAGGACUGAAUUUUGCUUCGUGUAAACCAUUCACUGCCGAUCAGUUCCAGUUCUUCACGCACAGCAUUCGACGCGAUUUAAUUAUGCCCUUCCACCUCGGUUUCGGGAAGAAGCCCGCCGCGCCGCCGGCGACCGUCCAGGCCAGUGCGCCGUCCUCGUCCGACGGCAGCAGCGAGCAGGUGGCCGGCAGCGGCAGUGGCAGCCGGGAGAACCUCCUGCCGGCGUCCCGCCCAGGCCCGGGACGGCGCCGCUCCCGCGAUCAGGACCCCGGAGCGAUGCCCACUGUCGUCACGGCGCCGGCCAGCAGUCUCCCGGCCGGCGGUGCCGGCAGCAGCGGGACCGCCGCGGCGCUGCGGGAGGCGGUCAGCCAUUCGGGCGCUGUCGCCGAGUUUAUGCCGCGACUGAUGCAUCUCCUGCAGUCGCCGCACUGGAUCAGCUGUAUCGACGAGUUCAUGGAGAACGAGUGCAUCGUUUUUGAGGCGGACGUGGCGGAGCACGAGCUGUACCGGCAAGUGUUCCACAACUACAAAUCAAUGAUUGACAAGCUGCUGCUGGAGUACCGUAUGUCGAUGAAGACGCCGCCGGAAGUGCUAUGGGACGCCGUGCACCUGGCCAUGACCGACACGCACACUAACGCCGUUACUAAGGAAUUGCUGCAGCCGUUGGUUUUCUAUGAAAACUACCAAAUCUUCAAGCAGGCGAUGGUGAGCCAGAACAUCCAGAUGCAGCUGUACGCGCUGGAGUCCAUCCAGCGCCAGACCGGUCUGUCGCCCUUCCAGGGCACCCUGCCAUCGCGGUCGGCCGGCGCCAGCGGGACGCCUGUCGCGGGACAGCCUCCCAACCCGGGUGACCCCCCUUCCGGCGCGGCACUGCCGCCGUCAACACCGCACGAGGACGGCGCGGCGCAGCUGAAACAGCAGCUGUACGCGCUCCUGCGCCAGUGGCAGCAGCAGGACGACGAUGACGCGCUACUGCAGCAAGUCCUCCGGGAGUCGGCGGAGGAGUACGAGGAGAUCCAGCGGCGCAUCCGCGACGAGGAAGCGGCCAUCGAGCGGGCCCUCCGCGAGUCGGAGCGGCUGGCGGCGCUGCUGGCCGACAGCCAGGCCCGGGUGUCCGUCCACGACCUGCGCGGGAUGCUGGAGCAGGUGGAGGCGCUGGAGGUGGUCCACGAGGAGUCGGAGGCCGAGUUGGUGGCGGUCGGGGCGCCUCCGCCGUCGGAAGGGGAUGCCGGGACCGCCCGGGUCCCCUCCCCGCCCGGGGUCCGGCGCGCGGAGGCGGUGCCGGUGAAGAGCGCCAGCGGGAGCGUGACGUCCAUCGCCAAGGCGGCGCUGGCCGAGCAAGACGCCGACAGCUUCGUCAGCGCCAAGCAGUUCAUCAGCGCCGAGGAGCUGCACCGCCGCCAGGAGUUCCUGCGCGCGCAACGCCAGCGCCUGCAGACCAAGAAGGACCAGCUGCGCGCGGCCAGCGAAAUGCAGGCGGAUGCCGAGCGGAAGCGGAUGCUGCAAGGUCAGGCUGGAGGCGAAGCCACGGCGCAGAAGAGCAGCCGCAAAGUUCUGGCCGAAAAGCUGAAGGCGGAAGUAGCAGAGCAUCCCUCGACGUAGGCGGUUGGCAUAGCGUCGCAGAAGAUUACGCUCCACGGUUAUACAGAGCGCGGAAGCCGAUUUGCCGGGCAUCACGCUCAUUGGCUGCUUAAAUUGUUAGCUUGACCGUCCGUCCUGGCAGUGGCGUCUUUCUUGCAGAAAGCAUGACGUAUCUGUAGUCGGUAGUUCGCAAUGAUGGAAGCGAAGCGGUUAACACUCUGUAAUCAUUUCCAAUAAACAACGAAUUAA